GCGUGGUUUCUAAUUCUUUCUAGUUUCUGUCACUCGAAAGGAACUUCAUCGCUACCACUGACAAUUCGAAAUUCAAUGUCAAUCGUAGAAAAAAGUUACAUAAAGUGAUUUUUUAUUAUUAUUAUUAUUAUUAUUCCACCAACGAUGGUUAUUGCUAUUGGUUUCGAAGGUAGUGCCAAUAAGUUGGGCAUUGGUAUUAUUAAAGAUGGUGAGGUGUUAUCAAAUUGCCGAAAAACAUACGUUACUCCUCCUGGUGAAGGAUUUCUACCCAGGGAGACAGCCAGACAUCAUCAAACACACAUCGUGAAACUACUGAAAGAAUCUAUAGAGAAAGCUGGCAUUCAACCUCAUGAAAUCAACGUCGUGUGUUACACCAAAGGACCGGGUAUGGGUGGGCCUCUUGUCGCAGUAGCUCUUGUUGCCAGAACCGUUGCCCAGUUGUGGAAUAAACCGCUAAUCCCUGUAAAUCAUUGUAUUGGACAUAUCGAAAUGGGUCGAUUAAUAACUGGUAGCUCGAACCCUACGGUUUUAUACGUGAGUGGAGGUAACACUCAAAUAAUCGCCUACUCCAAUCAUCGUUAUAGAAUUUUCGGAGAAACAAUCGAUAUUGCUGUAGGAAAUUGCUUAGAUCGAUUUGCUAGAGUGUUGAAGUUAUCUAAUGAUCCCAGUCCUGGAUACAAUAUUGAACAAUUAGCCAAACAGGGUAAGAAAUUUUUGCCUUUGCCUUACGUAGUGAAAGGUAUGGAUGUAUCUUUUUCGGGAAUUUUAUCAUUCAUUGAAAAGAAAGCUCACGAAUAUCUUGCUACGAAAGAAUACACCGAAGCUGACCUUUGUUUUUCAUUACAAGAGACCAUAUUUGCAAUGCUUGUUGAAACAACAGAGAGAGCAAUGGCUCAUUGCGCUUCGAACGAAGUUUUGAUCGUUGGUGGAGUAGGAUGUAAUGAAAGAUUACAAAAUAUGAUGGGAAUAAUGUGCGAAGAACGAGGUGGAGUACUGUACGCCACUGAUGAACGGUUUUGUAUUGAUAACGGAGUAAUGAUCGCACAUGCCGGAGCUCUGAUGUAUCAAAGUGGUUUUAAAUGUAAAUGGGAAGAUACGUUUUGCACUCAACGGUUUCGUACGGACGACGUUGAAGUUACUUGGCGAAAUGAUUGAAUAAAAUAGAAUAAGAAGUAAAGAUCGUGUUAAACGAAUAAAAACCAUAACAACUUCACUAAAACAACGAAGAAUAAAAACAAUAUAGGGUAUAAUGAUGUGACAUGUUGUUUCGUCUUCGAUUCCACAUUUUUGGGGACUGAAUUGAAAGUUGACUGGUCAUCUAAGAUCUCGCUUAUUAAACAGUGUUUCUUUGUCGAUACAAUCCGAACUUUAAUGUACUGCCCCAUUAGAUUUGAACUUUUGGGAACGAGAACCUAUUUAAAGAAAAUUUGUAAUUCAUGAGAAUUGUUACAGGUUUGAUAAAAAAUAUAUUUUUUACCUGUU